AUUUUUUAUUAUAAUCAGUGGUUAGCUAUGUCAGAUUCAUCUGAAGAUGAAGACCUAUCGCGUUUCAAAGACGUCGUCGACAACUCUUUCGUUAAAUCUCUAUCCCAAACUCGUGUUACAGGAUCUAAAACAAUUCAAGGCAUUGAAGAAAAGCCCGUCUCCCAACGUUACUUAGAAAUAUCAAGCCACUACAAUGAUGUGAAGGUUCCAGAAGAAAUGCAAAAAAGAAUUGGUGCUAAAUUAUCAGCUGUCAUACAGAAAAAUACAAGAUUUGUAGAUGUGGACCCUGUUCAACCAAAAAAACGCAAAAUAAAGGGAGGUGUAAAAUUGUUCAAGAAUUCAAAUGGAUUUUUAUCUUGUGAUGACAUUAAGGACAUAUCCACUGAGAAACAUAAUUGUGAAGCGAAACUGUUAAAGUAUAGUAAAGUUGGUCCUGACUCAGAUGACAUAGAGAAACUACAUGCAGUUACAGUCAGUGGAGAAUAUGUACUAUCAAAAGAAGAAAUCAAAUGUUGGAAAUCUAGAAGAAAAGAGAAAUUAUAUAAAUACAAGGUGUCACAAAAUAGUGAUGUUUUAGUAGCUUUAGAAUAAACUUGUUUUCACUAAAAAAAA